AAUCAGAGAAGACAACCAAAUUCAAAGAUUCAGUUUUGCAAUUGUACUUGCUUAAGAAAACCAGAAAGCGCCAGGAGGGUCCCAGAAAACCAGAAAGCUUUAUACUCUAGAAGAACUUGCAUUCGUCUGAUUCUUUGCAUUUGGCCAUCAAAAUGAGGUGGUUCUCCUUCUCCGCCGCGGUCGCCGCCGCCGCUAUCUUACUUCUCUUCCUCAUCUGCCCCUCUUUCGUCGCCCGGGAUCAUCAGAAUCCUCCUCCACUCCCAGCUCAUUGCCUCAUUGGGCCUGUAGGAAUUAGCAUUGAAAGGCCGGUGUUACAGGUCACCCCUAGCCCCCUUUCUGGUCAUUCAGCUACUUAUGAUGGUGGUGUUCAAAACACUUUAAGAUGUGCGCGUGUUCCCGUCUAUGGCAUCUCAAGAUUGAAUCUUCUGAGCUAUGCUAGUUCGUUCCAUAUUUCUGUGGCUCACUCGGCUGCAAUCUCAGAGAAGUUACAUAGCCAAACUCAUGUUUGUCUACAUAGGGACAUUUCACUUGGAUUGUGUGAGUGCCAAAAGGAUGAAUGGGAGAGUGUGCAGAAGGGGAUCUGGAGUGCUGUUAUGUCACCCUACGAAACCAGAUAUGUUGAUGUCAGGAUCGAUGGUCAAAUACCAGAUUCUGUUACAAUUGCUCUUGAAGAAGAUCUUCAGGAUUGGUCUCUUACUAGUCUUCUACUUGGAUUGGCAUUGCUGUUCGCUCCAAUUAUUACCAGUCGGGUUCCAUUUUGCCACAGCAGUUCAUUGGUUACAGUGAUCUUUCCUGUCAUUGUAAUUCAACUAUUUGAGGUUGCUAUUUUUGUAAUCCUGAGCAUCAUCUUGGCUGGAGCUGCUUUAGUUUACUCAGUUGUUAGUAGGUUUGUUUUUUCAGAACAAGAUGGUACUAAGGCUGCUGGGGUUGCUCGGUUUGUGAUACUGAAGUGGGAAAUGCGCAUCAUAGGAUCCACCUUUAUUUUUCAGAGCACUAUUGAUCCUCCUUUAGCAAAAGGAACCUUGGCCUCUUUUGCAGUUGUUUAUAUUGUUGUUAAGUGUCUUAGUGUAUGGCCAUUCAUUUCAAGCAGGAAUGAAGGUUCAGUAAAUGGUAGAACAGCUGAUACUGAUGAAUUCACGAGAGGGUAUUUCUCAACCUAUCACAACCUGGGAAACCGAGAGAUGUUCACAGAGAAUCAGUGGGUUGAGUCGACUCAAAGAUACACUGAGCAAGCCUUAGCAGACUUGAUGGCAUCUCCGGCUUUCAUUGCCUGGUUGACUGAGAGUACAGGCCGGAUACGAGUUGAUCCACAUGAACCAGCCAAGAAUGUUAGCAGGCUAGGAGCAUUAAGGAACUUACUUCCAUGGCCAUGGCCUUUUCAAGAAGAUUCAGAAAUCUAAGUAUGAGAAAAAUGAAUACUCUGAUUGGAGAAGUUAAAAGAUUGUGAGAGUUGGUCUGGAUCAUUAACUGCUGAUGUGCCUGAUGGAUGGUAAAAUUUGAAUGGGAUGCUUGUCGUUUAUCUGGCAUGGCCGUACACUUGAUGCUCCAUCGCUUCCUUGAAUAUGGGUUUACAGAUUGAGGUGGUUCUUGGUCUUUUGUGAUUAGUGUAUAGGUUCUUGUUCUGAUUUGCAGUUGCAUAGGUCAUCAUUUUGGGCUGAAUAAUGUUGUGUUCAUUAUGAGUUGCUCAAUUUUGUUUUAUCGUUGGUUAUGUUGGUCUGGUUUUGGUUGAGAUUCUUCUGUACAAAGUGAUCAGACCACCCACACAGCAGCCUAUGUUUUCCACUGCCACAUUGUUCAAGACUUGGUCACCUUCUAUUGUCCAACACAUGCAUUGUUAUAGUUUUCUGCUUAUGCAUCUGCACCACAUAACGCUGAUGAGAUGAUGGAACUGUCUGGGAAAAGGUUGGGUUUUGAAGGAAGGGGAAUAGCAGUGAGAAUGUGUUUCUGGGGUUAGGGGAUGUAUACAUUAUUGCUGUUGUCUUGACAGUUUCUCUGCCUCAUGUAGCCGCACCUUGGAAUUGGAGAGCUAAAGAAAUGAUAGAAUGAUAAAGUGGAGGUGGAAGGAUACCACAUAUGUCAAUAUAUGUAGUGUAUCUUGUAAUUGUGUAAGCUGUCUUUGUGAUACAUGGAUAAGAUUAUAUAUUUUCUCUAUUUAUUAAUUGAAUAAAUAAUCUUUUUUGUG